AUGCAAGCUUCACCGCGACAAAGGUCGCCACGCUCACCGUUUCUUCCCCUCUCCCCGUCGUCUCCCCCGGAUCCAGCCAGCCCGAGUCGCUCUUUAUUACAGCCUCCAGAAUUGCACGAACCACCACUCUCUUCCUCUGUAUAUCCCGUAGUACUCAAACAACCGUUCGAUGAUCCUCAUGAAGUGCUAUGUCACGAAUACAACGUCGAAAAGACGACCGUUCAAUUGGAGCCAGAUGGCACCGUCCCCCCGACGGUUGACAUGCAGGUUCUCCAAGACGCACAUAUGCCCACACACGCCCUCGUAGUGCUCGGAAGCGAGACUCCACAGCCCUCGAGCGACAGCUCGUCCCCUACCACCGCACCCGCGCUGCCGAUCAACGCCGACCAGUUCUCCCGCAAAUUCGAGAACGACAUCGGACAGACCUCCGCCGAGCUCUGUGUUCCCGGGUCGACGCUCCCCGUCCCGGAAUGGGACGCCGCGUCGCGCUCGCAAUUCGUCACCCUGCCCGCGAUCCCCCUCCGCGCGCCGCAUCCGCCCUCCAUCCCGCUCCUGCUGCUGUUCGGCCUGGGCCUCCACCUGGUCCCACAGCCAGGUGCGCGGCGCGGCUCGAGCAGGCGGAGGAGCGCAAGCCCACACCCGCGCCGCGCGCCGCGCACGCCGACCGGGCUCCUCGCGACGUUCCUCCUGCCGACGCCGGUGAUCGAAGAGUUCCCGGCGGCCGCGGCGAUGGCGGAAGCGAUGGCGCACCUGUGCUCGGACGAGGAGAUGCUGCAGUACGUUGCGCACAACCAGGGACUAUGGCGCAACGUCCUCGCGCUCGCGCCGACGGACGCGGCCGUCGUCGACAUGGUGCACACCGCGUGGAACGUUACUGCGGAGGCGCGGAGGAUACGCGCGCGUCGCCGUGUCGUGCCGCCGGACGUUGGCAACGUCGAUUCGGAGCCGGACUCGGAUGUGAGCUGA